AUGCGCCAUCCCAAAUGGGGCCAGUCUUGGGGCGUAGUUCAUAUAUUGAUGACAUCGCGCAUGGGGCGGCCACCUGCUUCACUCUAUGAGCUGACCGACGACCAAGUGUGUGCACGACGAGACUUGUCUCGGGCGAAGGAAUCUUUCGAGAUCCUGAAGAUUGUGUCUACACCUCUACUCAGACACCCGGAUCGGACAAAACCUUUUGUGAUCAUCCCGCAUGCGAAACAGUGGGCCGCUUGUGCAGUUCUAGGACAGAUGCAUGACGGACUUGUCCAACCGGUUCGUCUCACGGGGCGUGUCCUGAGUGACGCUGAACUCAAGUAUCAUAUUGCUGAGAAGGAAGUCCUUGCCGUAAUGCGAGUGCACCAUGUGUUCAAGAAUGUGAUCGAAGGAUGUCCGCUGAUAAUCUACACUCGACAUUCAGUGUUGAAGUGGGUCAUCAAGUCUAAGACCUCUGAAGGCCGUCUGGUGCCAUGGGGCGUCGCUCUCUCGCAAUAUGACUUGGAAACUCGGAAGGUCAUUCGAGAUGAGGAUGGUUUAGCUGCUAUUAUGGGCGUAGGUAUUACGCCCAGGGAUCAUUUGGAUGAAGUCGCCGAAGUACUCAUUCCAGCCAAGGGGCGCGUCAAGCCGCCUCCAGUCGUGAGUGUCGAAAUGCUCUCGGAAGAGUACUCCGGAGUAGUCCUGAAUUUUUAUGGUGCAGCCAAAACUUCCACGAGGAAGGGCAGCUGUGGAUGCAUUCUGUGGCAGUUACCUAAAUGGAAAGUUUUGGAUGCUCGAGUUUACAUUCUGGAUGGAGUCACCGUCAACGACGCGGAAUAUUUCGGGUUGCUUAGAGGGCUGGCGAUGGCUUUGGAAAGAGGAAUUCGGGACAUAGUCGUCGUGGGUGACUCGAGAAUUGUGAUUCAACAGGUCCAAGGUCUGAUUAAUUGUAAUCAACCUAACCUACAAAGGAGACUAGCUGAAUGUGAAACCCUGAAGAAACGUUUCAGACGUGAAUCCUGGAUUGUUCAGGAUGAUCUCGAGAAACAACACCUGGAGGUAGUGUCUAAGAUCCGCGAGCAGUUGGUGAAAUCGUCCGAAAACAUAGACGUUCCAGUUCGCAGUGGAGAUGUUGUACAAGACCCUGGCGAAGAAGAUGGCAAUUCAGGCACGAGACAUGGUCUCGGCCCUGAAUGUGCCCCUCUGCCUUCCACAGCCCGAGUCAUGGCAGUACUCACGAGAUCACGACCUCAAGAAGCUGAUGACGAUGAGGUUGCACCCAUGGGACCGCUAGAGUUUCAGGCUGAACGCUGGAGACGGAUUACGGUUCACCAAGAGGAAGACGAGUAUCUAGCGGAGAUAAAGGCGUUCCUGAAUGACGACCUGGAUAGGUUCUCAUCCACGCGCUUGAAGAAGAUCAGUAAGGUUGCCGAUCUGUUCGUUCUGGAUGACCGAGGAGUGCUGUACAGACUUCCACAUUCUGUUCGAGGAAGACCACGAGACGCCAUGGAUAAUCUGAGAUUGGUAGUCCCGAGUUCACUCCGAGAAGAUAUGUUGCAUCACGCGCAUGAACACUUCCAAGGUGGACAUCAAGGGAUCACUCGGACGCAUGAAAAGUUACGUACCGAAUUCUACUGGCCCGGCAUGUAUGCGGAUGUCCAACAUUUUGUGAAAGAAUGCGUGGAUUGUGCCAGUGGAAAAGGGGCGCCCCCGAAUGCUGGACCUUCGCCAGGGAAUAUUGAACCACGAUAUCCUUUCGAAGCAGUUUCUAUGGAUUUCGUGACUCACAUGCCCGAGUCAGCCAGGGGAAACACUUUUCUCUUGUUGUUUCAGGACAUGUUUUCAGGCUAUGUGAUGUGCAAGCCUAUGUCAUCCACUACCGCUUAA